AUGUCGGCUACUAAAGCUGCUCGUGUUGGUGAAGAUGUGUGGAAGACCCGAAUUGACAAGGUGAACGCCGAGCUCGUCACCUUAACCUAUGGGUCAAUCGUUGCUCAACUAUGUAGAGACUUUGAGGGGGAUUACCUUGAGGUCAACAAACAACUUGAGAAGAUGGGCUACAAUAUCGGUUUGAGGUUGAUUGAAGACUUCCUGGCUAAGACGAACAUGGGAAAAUGUGCCAAUUUUCGGGAAACCGCUGAGACGAUCGCAAAGGUCGGGUUCAAGGUCUUUCUGAACAUCACCCCGACCGUGGCGAAUUGGACCACCGAUAAUAAGCAAUUCUCGUUGAUUUUUGAAGAAAACCCAUUGGCGGAUUUUGUUGAAUUGCCAGAUGAUGGUAGAGCACAAAACGAGCUUUGGUAUUCGAACAUGCUCUGUGGCGUCCUGAGGGGUACAUUAGAAAUGGUACAGAUGCAGGUUGAUGCGCACUUCGCGAGCGAUAUCCUACGGGGCAAUGAAGUGACUGAGAUGAGAGUUACGCUUGUAAGGAUUAUCGAUGAUGAACUGCCUCCGGGUGAAGAUUAGAGAUAGACCAGCGUCCUAGUGAGUGUAAUGAUAUCAAUUGGCCGCUUUUUUA